AAUCCAAGUCGACGCCAGUCGCAACGGAGGCCGCAUGCUUUUGCGUAUGCCACCUUCGCUGCCUUCGCCGCGCUAAAGUGAACUAGCCGCGCUAAACGGUUAAACCAGGUUAAACGACUCGAGACUCAAGUGAAAGCUUGACUGGCUUGACCAUUCGUAUUUGGCAGGGCAGUGUACUGUACCAGCUGUCCUACUAUCGUAGCAGUGCAAGAAUGGCGAGUUUGGUGCGAUCUGUCGUGCCGCUUGGGAGGACGCUGCCGCUGCUGGCGUUGUGGUUGCUGCUGCUGGACGGUGUCCGGUGCCGGAAGCCGGCCGGCUACGUCCUGUACUGCCCCUGCAUGGGGCGGUUCGGAAACCAGGCGGACCACUUCCUGGGGGCCCUAGCCUUUGCCCGUGCCCUGAACCGCACCCUCGUGCUGCCUCCGUGGGUGGAGUACAGGGUGGGACAGCCCCACUCUGUGCAGGUGCCCUUUGACACCUACUUUAAGGUGGACAAGCUGAAGGCCUUCCACAGCGUCAUCCUCAUGGAGCAGUUCAUGAGGGACCUGGCACCCACAGUCUGGCCCCCUGGGAACCGCACAGUGCUGUGCUACCAGGGGCGGGGGGGCGGUAGCUGCCAGGCCAAAGAGGGCAACCCCUUCGGGCCCUUCUGGGACACCUUCCAGGUGGACUUCGACGCCUCCGAGUUCUACGCGCCGCUUCACUAUGACGUCCACCGCGGUGACACGGCGCAGCGCUGGAACAAAAAGUACCCUCCCAGCCGGUGGCCCGUGCUGGCGUUCACGGGGGCCCCCGCGAGCUUCCCCGUGCAGGAGGAGAACCUGCCCCUCCAGGCACACCUGGCCUGGAGCGACUCGGUGCUGCACCGGGCCAAGCACUUCGUGACGUCCACCCUCAAGGCACCCUUCGUUGGAAUCCACCUGCGCAACGGCAUCGACUGGGAACGUGCCUGUGAGCACCUGGAAGACAGCCCGCUGCUCUUCUCGGCUCCCCAGUGCGUGGGCUACUCUGGGGAGAAAGGCCCUCUGCCCAGGGAGGCCUGUCUGCCCCAGGGGGACACGGUGCUGGCACAGCUCAAGCGCGUCGUCAGGGCCCUGAAGGCACGCACUGUCUUCGUGGCCUCGGACAACGACCACAUGCUGCCGGCCAUCAACAAGGCUCUGGAGCCACUGCACGUGGUGGCCCACGCGCGAGAGCCGAGCGAACCGCACGUGGACCUGGCCAUCCUGGGACUGGCGAACCACUUUGUGGGGAACUGCGUGUCCUCCUUCAGCGCCUUCGCCAAGAGGCACAGGGACGUGCUGGGGCUGUCCACCUCCUUCUGGGCCUUCCCGCCGCCGGCCAAGCCACACCCACACCAGGAGCUCUAAGGGAGGACGUCCUUUAUAGAGGGAAAGGGCUGGGGUCGGGGAGGUGCGGUGCCCAGAACGCUUCUUCGUCUGGCGUGUUUAGCGUUUCGCACCUCCCGCGCGUCGAAAGCGGCCCCCAAGAAGCGACAAACUAUGCCGCGGGUGCCGCCGCGUCGUGCCGUUGGAUGUCGCAAUCCCGGCGGUUGGUCAUACAGGUUUCGGCGAAAAAGAGGAGCAAACGUAAGUCUCGCCGUCAUCGUGGCGUCUAAUUUCCUGGCUGCCAAAGCUUCUGCGAACUGUCCAACUGGAGAACAACCUACGGCGGAGUGAGUGUUGGUCAUAUUCACCUCCGCCGAUGUGCUACAUCCAGGAUCACGGCGAACAACGGCAGGGCACGAGGGUGACGUUGUCAGGUGAAGACCGAGGGACCGCCGACGAAGGCCCGGUAAACACACUGGUCGGAGAUGCCGCAUUUCCCAAAGCUCGCCGCCGGAGAAGGGAAGGCUCCAUUCGGUUGGAAGAACUUGCGCGCUGCUCGUGAACGCGGCCUUGUUGAAAAUCAGGCCAAAUGCUUUUUUUUUAUGUCCGUCCAGUAGUGUGAAACGCGGGUAAAAGCAGUGAAAGAGAACAAGAACCACACGAAAAUAGAAAGUGCGAAAGACAAGGACAAGUGGAAGUCUAGACAGGACACAAGCGCUUCUCUUGACACUUACGGAUUUUGAAUAGCACUUACGAAUAAAGAACUUGUCCUUCGUAGUCUUCCACUUCUCCUUGUCCUUCGUGCUUCCUAUUUUCGUGAUGUUUAACCAACUAGGCCAACAAAUUAUUUUGCUAGAGAGCAAGAACCGCGUUGCCCCCCUCGACAAUCGGUGAUUGUAGCGGUGCAAGCGCCUGCGUUUCGUUUAUGUUGCACGCUAGCUUUGUCUUUGCCUCAAUCGUGCGGCCUAACGCUUGCGGCAAACGUUCCAACCGAUGCCUGCUCGCAUCUCCAGGAGUGCCCUUUAGGCAUAUUUUGCGUCGUCAUUGCUCCGUGAACCAAGGUAUAGCUCGCGAGAACUGGCGUGCGUCGGACCCUCCCACCAAUCGUUAAGUGUUUGGCGCCACUGACCACGCGUGUUUGCUGGUACAGUGUUGGCGGUUUGAAUCUUCCAAUUUAAUGGAGGUCGAUUUAAUGAGGUUUUGCCAUACGCGUGUGACGUGACACUUUCCAGCCUGCAUUGAGGGCCACUACAAAAAUUAGAGAACUUCGAUCGCGACUGGCCGGGUGUCGUCAUGAACGCCAACGUCUAUCUACAAAGCCCAUUUGGCACGGUCCAAGCACCCUACCUGCUUUUUAAUAACUUGACUGUCCUAUGGUCCGUAGCUUUCUGAGGUGGCGUACUACUUAUCUCUGGCCCUUUCUUGUUUCUGCUUCCCUUUUCUGUGCUUCAAAAGCUUCCUGCUUGAAACCAGGCUCAUUGUUUAUUGCCUAAUGCUGGGUUCAUACGAGCACGCAUACAUACUCCUAUGCGUUUGUGGAGUGAAAUUGGAGUGUCGGUGCAAAUGUGCCCGAUCACUGUGGUUAUUAGAUGCAAUAGCAUCUCUGAACUCAUCCUACGCAUUUUCACGUUUGCAUGUCUGUGUUUGACCAACCAAGCAGGUGGCACGCAUCUGUUGUAUAUGUAGCUACUACUUCAAUUAUGCGUUCAAGGGGUAAUGCACCCAACAAAUGUGAUAUUUGUGUUUUGCGAAUAUUCAAACUUCUGAAUAGUAUUUACGAAUAAUACACCAUUCAAUAUUAACUUGGAAACUAAUUGCGAUAUUCACGUGUUUUGAGGCGUCGAUUGAGGCUUAUCAGCCUUGUCGAGUGUGCUUUUCACGGAGCAUUCGUGCACUGCGGAAAAGCAAUACUUGCGGGCUACGUGGGUAUUGUCGAUGUGCGCUGCCAAAAGUGUUGUCGUGGUCGGCCUUUAGAGAUGUGCCGAAUGCUCACUAUGACGUCUUGAUUAGGAUGAAUUCUACUUCCAUUAAUGGAAAUAAGAGAGAUGUCGAGGUCACCCUUGAUGGUCUUGUUUUAAGGUCACAAUCGCUACAAGCUUUCACGGUACUCUUUACACGGACCAUCGAAAAUUGCCGUUGGCAAUGGAUAAUACAGGUCAUGAUGUCUCAGAUAGGAACCAUAAAGAAGUACUAGCUGCACAGCUGGCUUCCUCGUAUGGGAGCCAGCUCUGCAGCUGGCUCCCAUAAGAUCGGUAAGAAGAGCACUCAACGUGGCUUACCCGCUGCGAUUAUUAUAGCAUGUGUUAGGCGGCGAUGUCUUGACAACCCACAUUCGUCAUUCGUGCAUGUUUUGUUGUAAAGCACAGCUUUUAGGCGCCCGUUUUCGGCUUGAGAGGCGUAGGCAUUACCGUGCGUUGCAUUAUGGGACAUAUCCUAUAAUGACGUCACGAGGGUCACGAGCGACGUCACUCGUAACUGCACGUUGCAUUAUGGGACGUUUCCCAUAAUGACGUCACGAGGGAUGUCACGAAGGUCACUUGUGGUGGUUGCGACCUUUACAGUGAAGGUCACGUGAAGGUUGCGACCUUUAUGAGUGAUGUCUCGAGGGUCAUUAGAGCCACGAGUGACGUCACGAGGGAGGGAUGGGGAGGAAGGGAGGAGAAAGAGGAGGAAGAGGGAGGAGAGGAUAUAGAGGAGGAGGAGGUGCAUACCCUCCUCAUACCAUCCCCUCUUCCACCUCAAGAGCUGUGCUCUAAUUCGGGGUUACAGGGAGUUGUAAACGACUUUCAUUUAUUUUUUGUCAAAUUUGAAAUUAAUAUUUUUGAUUAGGAAAGUUGCAACAAAUUUGUUGUUGACUUGCCACAAUUCAUAUAUACAGUCAUUAAAAUUAACCGAGCUUAGAGGUGGACGAGUGGAAGGUUGGGAACAGCCUUAUUGAGUUCGGCUGAAUUUUUGUGCACGAUGGUGAAUGGCUUGGAGAAACUACUUUAUAUUUCAUAAAAAAAUAUCUGUGCAAAACUACCGUUCGCUUCGAAUUUGCUUUGAAGGCCACUAUUUGCUAAUGCCUGGAUCAUAUCAUCUAUUAGUUUCUGAAUUGCAAAUAUCAAGGGUGUUAUGAUUAUACACAAAUAUCAAUGAAGUAAGAAACAUUUGAAUUGCAGCACUGCUACAACAAAAGUUGCUGGCUGGUUGCAGGAGGCCCGUCUGCAGGAAGUAGACUGUUUGAUCAGAAAAUUGUGUGAAUUAGUUUUAAAGGUGAUGCAGUUACCGAGGGUUCUGAUGUCAUAUCGUUAAUAAGCAUACCCUGCUGUUUAGGCAGUUUUUGGAGACGAAUUGGGUAAAUGCAUGCAUUUUUGUCUCUUUGAUAUAAACAAUUCACAUUACAGACAACUUUUCUGGAGGGGAAGUGUCCACUCCAUAUUCAUAAUAUGUUUAUAUAUAUAUAUAUAUAUAUAUAUGUAGUGAGAGAAAAUAUAUUUAAACUUCAGCAAUGCUUCAACGAAAGGCGUUGGUUUGCCAUAGAAUGUAGACGGAUAAAAAAAUUCUAUGAAUUGUUUUAAAUGUGGUAGGAGACUUAUGUACGUUCACAAUAAAUAUUCCUAAAAUUUCCAUAUCAGAUCCUAGGCAGCAUAAUAAAAAAAAAAAUUUAUAUGCAGUAAAAGACGGUGCAAAACGAUAUCACAAUUUAACGACAAACUGUGCAGCGAUUCCAACAUUAUUUCUUUUCAUCAGUUUCUCUAGGUCGUUUUCAAUUGCUCACAUGUUCAGUUGGCUUUACACCAGGCAUCGCUUUCCUGUCUGCAGCAUCUUUGGACCUGCUUGUUGUGAAACUCUUCUAAAACUUGCCUCAUCAGAGUUAGCCUUUUUAAAGUCUUGCUGCUUCCUGUCACUAUAAGUUCUAAGCUUUUUUUUUUUUUGUUUCUGUUUCCAGCCAUUCUAUGUUAUGUGCCAUAGAAUGUCUCAAGAUUGUAGGGCUUUGUGAUCCAUCAUUGGUGUUGUAGAGUAGGAAGGUCCCAUAUUUGGCUCUACUGCUGGCUCAAUCAGUGAUGCAAAUGUGCUCAUAUGGUAGUGCACUCUUAUUUCAAUAAGUAAUGUUCUGUCCUAUGUUUUAUGUUUUUAUUCUUUUGAACUGGAGUUACGUAAUAUUACAGUGUGCACAUCCCAGUCUGAAGGACAAUUACUGCAGUGCCAAGUAUACAUUUAUCUAUACAUGACAGCAGUUUUAUCAGUUGAAAAAACACUUUGAAUGAUGCACGAAAUUAAAUGACGUGCCUGUAUUAAAGCUGUUACCGCAUUGGAAUGUUUUACGUGCUCAGUAACUACUGCUACGUGCAAAAUGCUCAGUAAUUCAUGAUACCAAGAUGUGAAUGUAUCACGUGUCCGUUUACUUUUUUUUUUAGUCCUGUAUGCUGUGUCAGUAUGGUAAAAGCAUUCCUUUGCGAAAUGAUCGCUGCAGAGACACGAUUGACCUGGCUUCCAGUUCUCUGGGUGUUGUGAAUCAACCAUUCCAGAACUGGGCACUCUUCACUGAAACCUCGAAAGACCUUUUGUGGAAUAGCGUUCAUAUGCCUGCUGCGGCUGCAGCAUAAUGCUCAAGCCAACUAUUUUGGUAUGAAUACUUUUAGGAUUUUGAAUAAAUACUGCCAUGCCUGUGAUAUGAGCAAACCUUUCUUUGGCUGUGGCAGUUUGAUGCUGAA